CUACAUCCAGUCCAGACAGCCAAAAUAAACCUUGAACUUCUUUCAUGUUUGUUUGAUGCAUUUCGUGUUUUGCUUUACUGUGUUGUGUUUUUUUGUGGUUGGAAGUGUUUUUAAUUUGUGCUGUAGGCAUAUUAAACAAGUUAGUGAAACGCAAGUAUCGUAGUUGCUGCAGAUUGCAGAAUAAUAUUGUUUGUGUAGCCUACAUAGGCUAGGUAGGCUAUUUAAUAUUUUUUACAACUUAAGUCACUGCAAAUAGACCUAGCCUAGAGUGCGAUCACAUCUCUUGUCAUUUAUACAAUGGUAAAGGAACUCAUGACCUAGGCAUAGCCCAACACAGAAUCUUCUUAGAUCGGCUAUAAAUAUACUACUUAUUGUUUCUGUAUAUGUGAUUUAGGCCUACAUUAACACGACUUAAUCAAAUAACAAAUCGCAGUUGAACUCUAUUAAGUAUGCAGGAAGGUAAAUGUAAAUCUGACCAGCUAAACAAUCGUUUUAGUGAUCUCCUGGUUAGUAGCUUGAUAAUAGAAGACAAAUCUGAUGAUUCAGAUAGUUUAUUUAAAGGACUCAAAUCUUGUAAGAAUGUUACUUUUUCAAGAUCAAGAUCAUAUUUUGACGAUGAUUUACAGUUAUUUCCUAUAACACCAGCAAGAACAACAGACAAAAAUCCAUUGCUUACUUCUGAUGAAGAAGACACCAGUUAUCAAAACAGUAAUAACCAAUCCGGUCUAUUAAACAGCAACAGUAGAGUUUGCAAUGUAACAAGAAGUCCCCUUAAAGUUUUCUCACCUAAUGCAAUGAUUACACCGAAACUUACAGAAAAAACUGCUAAAAGAAAUACCUCAAGCUUGUUAAGGUUCAGUGGACAUUCUUCCAAUAGAUCUGUUUUGAAAAAUAGACAAAAUAUUACAAAUGACAGCUCUACAGAUAAGGAGAACUUAAACACAAGCUUGUCUAAAGUAGGGUCAGUAUCAUUAAACUCAAGUCUUACAGGGGUUGAUUUGCUACUUUUCAAAACCACCAAUAAAAUAUCUGUUGACAGAACUCCAGUCAACAAGAGAAAACAAGUAUCUAAAACUUCAACUCCCUUUAACAAGGCUCUGACACCUAGUGCAGUUUUCCAAACUCCAGUUUCAUCCAACAAACCAACAACGCCACAGCUGUCUAUUCUCAAAAGGUAUUCAAUCGAUAAAGCUGUUGCCUCAGCCAAACGUGAGAUUCGAGAAAUGAUCAACUCAGUUAAACUUAAGAGAAAAUCCUCAAAAACAGAAGAAAAAAGUUAUGCUGUUGAAGGAACAAUAGAUUCUCCAGUUAGUUCUGUUGUUCGUAAUAGUUUGUUUAGAACACCCACUGCAUCAACUUCAAACACAACAAGUAAAAAGAAUGAAGCAACUCCUUUAACCGGAAAUAGACCUACCAAUGUCUUGACAGGUGUGAAGACUCUUGGUAAAAGAAAUGAUAAUCAACGAGCAUGUCUUUUAGUUGAUGAAGAAAAAACAUUGAGUAAUGAUAACGAAUAUGACGAUAUACCUGCCACCCAACCUGUUUCUGCAAUUCUACUUAGACAUGUUGUCGCCUAUGUUGAAGUUCGUUGUGGAAGAGAUUACUUAUCGGAAGGAACAAAAGCAGAACUUGAAUCCCUUGGUGCUAAGGUUGAAAAGAACUUUACAAGAAAGGUUACUCACUGUUUCUUCCACAAUGGGAAAAUGUCCACGUACAGAAAAGCAAUCGAGUGGAAGAUCCCUCUGGUGUCAACGUUGUGGAUUGAAGCAUGCAAAGCAGAGUUGAGGAUGCUGCCAAUCAAGGGCUAUGCACCCUCUGGGCUGGACAAGUAUAAAGAAGCUCUGCCGUUGUAUAGAUUGAAAACGAAAGGGCUGAGACGGGCAGUAACGGAUAGUAAAAUCCGAAGGAAGCCUUGGAAAGAAGAUGAGAUGAACAAAGCAACCCUAGGAGUCAAAAGCAAACCCUUACCUCCUGUUCCAACGUUUAAAGAGACCAAUAACAUAGUUGAUGCUCUGCAUGCUGUUGCUGGUGAUCUUCGGAAAGCUACAAAACAGUUUGAAAAAAUACUGACAAGCCCUGUCUUGCAGAAGAAGACAAAUGAAGAGCAAAACAACAGUAACACCUUCGAAAACGGCCAGACUUCAAACACCUCGAAUUGCCGAAAAAAACGCAACAAGAAAUUAGUUUUUGGAAGCUCCAGUGAUGAUGAAAAUGGUAAAAAAGAAAGCGCAACUGUCAAUGAAACUGGAGAUACAAGUUCUAAAAUCAGUGAUGUUAACGAUUCAGAAGUCAGAGUCAGUUACGACUCCGACGAUCUUUUGAUCUAUGCGAAGAAACAACAAGCUGCUAACCUUAGAAGCAGUGCUCCAUCAAGACUCUUGACGAGUAGGAAAUGUAAGAAACUGCUAUCAUCUUGUAAAGAUCAAGAGAAAAAGAAGAAUGGAGAAAUCAAUGUAGGUAGUAAUGUAGACCUACGUCAACAAGAAAAUGUUGCUAAAGUAAAUGCGGAUAGGCCUACAAGAAAAUCAAAAAAUCAACUUAACGAUGGGAAGGUGAAUGAAAAAGAAUAUAGUUCCGUAAAACCGACCCAGACAAAAAAACGGAAGCUGUUACUACCGUCGCGAGUGAUUGAAGAUUUUAAUCAAGACUCAGGAGAAUCGACACCCCCCGGUUCACCCAAGAAUCCUUAUAAACCCACUCCUAACAAAAAACCAAGAACUGGUUUGGCUGUGAAGAGUAAAACUGUGCUGAUGUUAGCAAGUGUGCGAGUGGCCAGUGAUUGUGAUAGUGACGACAGCCUCACGAGAGCUGCGAGGCGAGAAUCUUCGGCUUUGUUUGUUAAAAAGGACAAGAAAAUCGUUCCUCAGAAAAUUACUCCAACAAUCGUUUGCACUAGCUUGUCUCGAAGUGACGAGGCGGUUGUGAAGUCCAUUGUCGCUCAGCUAGGAACGUUCGCGGUGGAGGCUGCGGUGAGUGAACGCACCACACAUGUCGUCACACCAUCUCCUCGACGCACCAUCAACCUGUUGAAGGCUAUUGCCCGCGGCUGCUGGGUGCUUAACGUGCAAUGGGUCUAUCAUUCUUUAGAAGUUGGCCAAUGGCUUCCUGAAGAGAGGUUUGAAUUGACAGACUUUUCACCUGCAGUGAAGCUGGCUCGCUGUGACAGACAGGCGUUUGGACCAGAGUUUGGUCUGGAGCUGUUCACCGGACUUGGUCCGUUCUAUGUCUGCCGAUCCACUGUUCCUCCAUCACGUGAUCUAGCCGAGCUGCUGAGAUUGGGCGGUGGCGUUGUGGUCAGCAAUGCUAGAGCUGCCAAGAUAGUGAUCGGCACUACCCCUCCCCUCUCCCCCUGCGGCCGCACCCCCCCUACCAUGGUGAAAGAGAAGUGGGUGCUGGACUGUAUCACUAGAUUGUCUCGCCUCCCGACCAGCGACUACAUCGUCAUCACGGCCGAACCUUGACAGUGUAACAUACCGAGUCAUGUUGGAGUCGAUGGCAUCUACUGUGCCUCUGCUGAUUUUGUAGAAGAAAACAUAGUCUAUCUGAUUAAUAAAUUUAGUAGCUUCUAUUGUUGUUAAUUAGUUAGAAUAAAUAUCCAUUUAUUGGUAUUUAUACUUAUACUUAAGCUCAUAUCAAUUAUAUACUAUAGACCAUGGUAAUGAAAUCGUAUGUAUAACUUUGGGUUUAUGAAUUAACAGCUAAGUUUUCAUUGUAUGUACAGUUUUAUCAUGCUUAUUUUUUAAACUAGUAUAUUUGUGUGGUUGCAUAGACUUUUUUUUCCUAUACAAAAAGUAGUUAGCCUCUCUCCUAACAGAUUGUUAUUACAGUAAAAAGUCAUCACAUUAAACAAUUAUUGUUUAAAAAUUAAAACUCAUUUUUGCUUUGUUAUCAUGAAUACGUUGAAUGAAUUGCCACAACAGGAAAGAAGCUAUUUUAGUAUAUUUUAGCUGUACUUUUUAUAUUAUUUAUUUUAUAGCAGAUAAUGUCUGGUAAAACCAGUUGAUGUAUGUUUGAAGUUAUAGUUAAUAUAUUAUACAUGUAC